CUGAUCCAAGGUGGAAUGCAAUGGGUCGCAAAUGCCGAACUUGCCGCUGCAGUUAGUAAUUCUGGUGGCCUCAGGAUUAUCUUGGCGCUGUCUCAGCCUACACCCGACGCCCUCCGGAAGGAGAUCAGAAAAUGCUGUUCUCUAACUUCCAGGCCAUUUGGCGUGAAUCUUGCGAUACUACCAGCUGUUCAUCCACCUGAUUAUCUUGCAUAUACAAACGUCAUUGUUGACGAAGGCGUCCAGAUCGUUGGAACGGCCGGGUCAAAUCCAGCUUCCAUUAUCCCGUCACUUGAGCAUUCAAACGUUACAAUUCUGCACAAAUGCACAUCCAUUCGCCACGCCAAAUCAGCCUUGGCGUGGAUUUUUUUGUCGAUAGAUGGAUUCGAAUGCGCAGGGCAUCACAAAUUUGAUCCUCUUGAACCGUGCCAGGCAAGAGCUUGCAGUUCCGAUG